UGACGCCGUGACGCCCGGAAACUUAGGUUAUGUUUUCAAUAUGUCAUAAGUUUUUAAUUUAAAAACCUGUGAGGAAAUUAAUUUUACUGUUGAAAUGAGUGGUAUUGAGAGAGAUCCGAAUAAACGGAAAGUCAAGCCGGUGGAACAAACAUGUGUCCUAGACUUUGACGAAGAAAGUUCUGAUGAUAGUGAUUUUAGAAUAGAAGAUCAUCCAGAAGUUAGUGAUGAUGAUGACUCUGUGGAUAGUCAAGGGGAAGGUAAUGGACGAGAAAGUAGUGAUAAAGAUGAUGAAUCUGAAGAUUCUGGUGAAGAGAUGAUGAGGAAUUUAAGCCUUCCAAAAACUAACGGAAUGGGCUUAUCUAUAGCUGAUGUUAUUCAAUGUGCAGCUACUCAAUCCAAAAUCAAGUUAAAUGAAAAAGAUGCACAAAUCAUGAUCUGUUGUGGUUGUCUUGGGGACCACAGUGAUGGUGUCAAUGAAAUUGUUGAAUGUGAUGGAUGUGGAGCAACAGUACAUGAAGCUUGUUAUGGUAUAUCUGAUUCCAAUAGUUUAGCUAGCACUGACUCAGUGUCACCAACAACUCCUUGGUUCUGCGAAUCAUGCAAAGCAGGUGUGAUGGAACCAAUUUGUGAGUUGUGUCCCAACUCUGGAGGCAUUUUCAAAGAGACAGAUGUUGGUAAAUGGGUGCAUCUGGUAUGUGCUCUUUAUAUACCAGGGGUAGCAUUUGGAGAGGUAGACAAAUUGACUAGUGUCACCUUAUUUGAGAUGCCAUAUAGUAAGUGGGGUUCUAAAAGUUGUUCACUAUGUGAAGAUGAGAGGUUUGCAAGAACUGGGGUGUGUAUUGGAUGUGAUGCUGGGAUGUGUAGAACAUAUUUUCAUGUCACAUGUGCUCAAAAGGAAGGUUUUCUCUCUGAAGCUCAUUCUGAAGAGGUUGAUCAAGCUGAUCCGUUCUAUGCUCAUUGUAAAUUACAUUCCGAUAAAACUUUGGUGAAGAGAAGGAAAAGGAAUUACAUGGCUCUUCAGUUGAGAACACAUUAUAGAAAAUAUCAGUUUUCUCAGGCCGGUCAUAAAGAUACUCCUGAGCAGCUGAGGAUCAAAAGGAAGUUAGAAAAGCAGAAAGGCCAUUAUUUAAGUUAUAAAGGGAUGAAACCACCUCCAUGGGUACCUACCCAAAAAAUGCCUCGUCUUCUGACAACUAGUGCAGCAGCUUGUAGAAAAUUAUUUCGAAAAGCGGAACUUAUGGGUAUCAAUGCUAUUGCUCAGGAAAUGCAAGAAUCUCAAACCGCGGCUUUAGUGGACAUUAGGAAAAAGUGGCACAUUCCUCCAGCAUUUUCUGUAGAAUUCAUUGCGUACUAUUUGGAUAGGAAUGAUAGAUUAAGGGAAAUGAAGACUAGUCUUGAAAAUUAUAUGGGAGAAAAUAAGAAAUUAUUGGAUGAACAAAAACAAUUAAGGGUGAAAUAUGACGAGGUUCUCAAGAAAAGCACAGAAACGACUUCAAGGAAUAAUGAUUUUAAACAGAGCAUUCACAAAUUCCAUUCCGUGAUAUUAAGUGCUUGUCCAAUGAAAAAUCUUCCUAAUAUAGAGGAUUUGGGUAAACCUCUAGCUGGUAGAACACCUCAACCAAUGAUGGUACCGACGGCAGCAGCUUUGAAAAUGGGCGUGGGAUUUCCUUUGAAAAAUAUUCCAUCAGGAAGGGCUGAUAGGGUGCUCAGCAGUCAUGCCAAUAAAGAUCCUCUAUUGUUGAAUGAAUGCGGCACUUGCAGACAACGAAGGGAUCAACAUCUUUUAGCAAAAUGUGACACUUGUCAUUUGUACUAUCAUUUGGAUUGUCUUAAUCCUCCUCUGAGUCGGUUGCCUAAGAAGUCUAAGCUAUAUGGAUGGCAGUGUUCCGAAUGUGACAAGUCAUCUGAUUCUGAAGUAGAAGAAAUGAAAACGCCCAGGAGAAGUAGAAGCAUUUAUAGUAACAGGGAAAGCAGAUCAGACCAAGAUGUUAUAACGCCACCAACAUUAAAAAUAAAACCAGUUGAUACUCUUGAAAUGCCUUCUGUUUCCGAGAAAAAGCCUUUAACAAAAGAUUCAUUUUCUAAUUUAUUAUCUGAAUUGUCAGAAACGAAUGGGAUUCAAAUUGUAGUUGAUAAUGGUUACGAGGGAAGUCAUAAAUCGGGUAAAAAACGUAGGAGAGAAAAGCACAGGAGUCGAAAUUUAGACUCUCCUGAUGUUGCUAGAGAGCAUAAAAGAAAAAGGAAGAAGAAGUGUUUAGAUAUGGAAGAAAUAUUACCACAUCCUCGUAUUACGAUUAAGAUUAAACCGAUUCCACUGCCAGCGGGAGAAGUUGCUUCAGAAUCAAAUCCACAAUGUUUCUACGUUCCAAAUGAGGCCGACGAUAAUGCACCUCCUCCGCCGCUUCUAAUCAAGGCUGCUAAGAUUGAAAAAAGAGAAAUUAGAAAGAGCAGGAGUCCAAGGUUGUCCGAGUCUGCACCAAAAGCUAUAGAAAAGCCAAGAAACCCUUCAGUUACUUCGCCCAAGAAAGGAGGUGCAGCUAGUGGGGGUAUUACUUGCGACGUUUGUCACCAAGAUGGUACACCUACUAAUUCUGUCAAGUGUGACGAGUGUCUUAAAAAUUACCACUUUACGUGCUUGGAUCCCCCUGUCAAAAAAACUCCUAAAAUUAGAGGUUACUCCUGGCAUUGUGCUGAUUGUGAUCCUACUGGCUCUGAGUAAUUGGUGAAAAGUAUUUAUAAAAACAUGUGCUGUAUUAUGAUAUUCAUAUAAAUAUAUUAUUGUAAGGAUGAAUUGG